AUGCAUAAAAAUAUGUUCUCUAAGACGAUGGAAUUCCAAGAAUCAGAAAUCCUUCCUGAUAUCGACGAAGGCAUAUCUAGUGAAGGAAAAAUAUGAUCAAAGCGUCAAAUUAAGUCCUAUCGCAAGUUGAUGGCUCAAUAUCAGAAUUCUCCUGUCUCAUAUUUUCGGCAAUUUAUCCUUCGCCAGAUCUCCUUAAGCCCAAAAAUUAUGCAAGCUCUGUUCCAGAGUUAUCAAAUUUUUAACUUCUUGGCUCAGAGCUUGAUGAUGUCUGAAUUGGAAUUAGUGCUUUGGUCGAUUCUUAUCGAAAAAAUGCCAAAAGAAAAGCUCAUCGCGAAUCCAAUUUUGAUGAUCGCUAUGGCAGGCUUAAAAUCCAAAAUGGUUUUGAAUGAUGACUAUAAGCCCUUUUUGUGCUUGCUUAAUAGCAUAAUACCGAAUUUUGUUGUUUCCUUCAGAUUUUAUUUGGAUAUUUUUUCAGAUGAAACUGAAGUAACAAUAAAAGAUUUGAAUAAAUGCUAUAAUGAAAUGGUUUAUACAAGCUGAAAGAAUGCUCAAGUAAAUUAUAAAAAUUUAGUGGAUCGCAUAGUGUUUAAAAAGAAAAGAAAAGAAAGAGCCUUGCCUAAUGAUAAUUUUCCUUUCGCAAAAUGUCCUGAAAUCGAACUUGAUCAAGAAUUAGAGUUAUUUGAAUAUUUUAAUGGCGAAGAUUUUCCUUCAAUCUAA